AGAGCUCUGAGGGGGACUCCAGCCGGACCCCGGCGCCCCGCCCUAGACCACGCCCAUUUCAGCCCCGCCCCUCGCUCUCGUCUGGGCCCCGCCCCCUGGGCAGCCCCCCGUCCUCGCAGGCGGGCCCCGCCCCCUCCCCCAGGCCCUCGCCAGCAGUCCAGGGAAGGGACGGCGGGACAGGCGGGACGCUCGGGAGGGCGGACGGGGCGGGGACAUGGCCGCGGCGCCCGGAGGGUCUGCGCCGCCCGCCGGCCCCGGCCCGCGCUUGGCUUUCAGCACCGCGGACAGCGGCGUCCGCAUGAGCGGGCUGAACCCAGGUCCCGCGGUGCCCAUGAAGGACCACGACGCCAUCAAGCUCUUCGUGGGGCAGAUCCCGCGGGGCUUGGACGAGCAGGACCUCAAGCCGCUGUUCGAGGAGUUCGGCCGCAUCUACGAGCUGACGGUACUGAAGGACCGGCUCACCGGCCUCCACAAAGGCUGUGCCUUCCUCACCUACUGCGCCCGAGACUCUGCUCUCAAAGCCCAGAGUGCCCUGCACGAGCAGAAGACCCUGCCAGGGAUGAAUCGUCCGAUCCAAGUGAAGCCGGCUGCCAGUGAGGGCCGAGGAGAGGACCGGAAGCUGUUUGUGGGAAUGUUGGGCAAGCAGCAGGGUGAGGAGGAUGUCAGACGUCUGUUCCAGCCCUUCGGCCAUAUCGAGGAGUGCACUGUCCUGCGGAGUCCCGAUGGUACCAGUAAAGGCUGUGCCUUUGUGAAGUUCGGAAGUCAAGGGGAAGCUCAAGCUGCUAUCCAGGGACUACACGGAAGCCGGACCAUGACGGGCGCCUCAUCCAGCCUGGUGGUGAAGUUGGCAGACACUGACCGGGAGCGCGCGCUGCGAAGGAUGCAGCAAAUGGCUGGCCAGCUGGGCGCCUUCCACCCGGCACCGCUGCCCCUCGGGGCCUGUGGCGCCUAUACCACUGCGAUCCUGCAGCACCAGGCAGCGUUGCUGGCCGCAGCGCAGGGUCCCGGGUUGGGCCAGGUGGCUGCGGUGGCCGCCCAGAUGCAGCACGUGGCGGCCUUCAGCCUGGUGGCUGCUCCGCUGUUGCCUGCUGCAGCCAAUACAUCGCCUAGUGGUAAUGGCCCUGGUGCACUCCCUGGCCUUCCAGCGCCCAUGGGGGUCAAUGGAUUCGGCUCCUUGAACUCACAGACCAACGGACAGCCAGGCUCCGACUCGCUCUAUAACAACGGGCUUUCCCCUUACCCAGCCCAGAGCCCCGGUGUGGCUGACCCCCUGCAGCAGGCCUACGUUGGGAUACAUCACUAUGCAGCAGCCUAUCCCUCGGCCUAUGCCCCAGUGAGCACAGCUUUUCCCCAGCAGCCUUCAGCUCUGCCUCAGCAACAAAGAGAAGGUCCUGAAGGCUGUAACCUCUUCAUCUAUCACCUGCCUCAGGAGUUUGGGGAUGCGGAACUCAUACAGACAUUCCUGCCCUUCGGAGCUGUUGUCUCUGCCAAAGUCUUUGUGGACCGCGCCACCAACCAGAGCAAGUGUUUUGGGUUUGUUAGCUUCGACAAUCCAACCAGUGCCCAGACUGCCAUCCAGGCCAUGAAUGGCUUUCAAAUCGGCAUGAAGAGGCUCAAGGUCCAGCUAAAGAGACCUAAGGAUGCCAACAGGCCUUACUGAUCUGCGCUUGCUGACCAGUCACAGACAGAAACUGAAGAGUGAAGAAAGGAAACGGAAAAGCACAGAAAUGCUGGAUCGGCCCUUCUGGAAGGAGUGGCGGUGGACGGAGGUGGAUCGGACCCAGGGCUGGCGCCUGGGGCUCAGGCCACUCAUCAUGUGGGUUGUUCCAUGGAGCGCUCAGGCUGGCAGGGCAACCAGUGCUGGCUGAGGAUCGACUGAUCUAAGGGAACCAGCAGAGAGCCUCGGGGGUGCCAAGGGCUUCUCAGCAAGGGAAGCCCAGACUUACUUCGUUCAAAAUCAUAUCAUUCCUUAGUGUUUAGGGACCAAAGGACUAUUGCUUUUUUUUAAGAAUAUAUAUAUAUAUAUCUAUAUAAAUUAAAACAAAGAAAAAAAAAAACAGG